UUGACCGUCAGGUUCAUUUGGGUCGUAUCUAUUUGUUAUAGAGAAUUCUUAAACAAAUUCUUUGAGAAUUCUUAAACUUUAAAGUGGGAUGCGCAUUUAGCCGUAAUAGUCGCCGGGUUCCAAGAGUGUUCAGAAGAAAAAAGAUGAGUAACUUAUAGUCCUGGUUCGGUUUUCUUGUUAGCGGGACAGUUUCUGUGACAAACAUCCUUCACUUCUAAUGUUUCUUAUUCAUUAUCCAGGCAGCCAAGAACAAAACAUAUGUGGUGCCGUCUUUGCUCGAUGUUUAUAAGAAAAGAAAAAAAGCACUAUACCACUAGCAGUAGCUUUGCUACGCCCAGGGUGUGGUCAGAUACGAUAUCGAAGAAGAGAAAUCUGAUGUAUAGAAGGAAAGUAAAAGAGAAAAUGCUACGAUUCUUAUGGAAGAACUUCCAUCCUGUCUUCAUUACGAAGGCUUUCAUGAGAAAGGUUCACUGGUUCACAUUGUACAGCUCAGUACUGAAUGAGAAUAUUGGUGACAUGAGCCUCAACUUUGAAAAUCAACUGAAGUUCUCCGUAUUGAUCUUUGUAAGCCUUUGUGGUUAGCCAAGAUGCAAGUAAAAGAGGAGAGUGAGAAAUUCUUUAGGAAAGCAAAACUCAGUAUCCACUUUUUGUAAUAUCACAGCCCGUGGUGCCAGAUGUGAAUCGCUAAGUUUAAAACAAAGAACUAUUUGCAUCACAAGUAAACUCUUUUGUAAUAGAAUAUGAGGCAGAGAGUUUUUUUGUUGAAUUUUUGUCAGUGUGCAAGUCACAAAGAAAUUAAAGUUUAUCAGUGAUGCCUCAGA